AUGGUUCAACCAACCGCUACCGUCUGCGGAGCCUCAGCUUCAUCGGCCGCCCCGACCAAAGCACCAGCUUCACCAGAGGCCUCAACUAAGGCACCGGCCACGACAUCCGGCUUGACCAGCCCAGACGAACUGUCCAGGCCAUCGUCGGCAGCUUCUGACCGUUCGGAAGCGAGCUUCUUGCCGCUUACGCGGCUUCUAGCGCCACAAAAACCAGUAGCCGUUCAGGUAAGUAAUAAGAAUGAAAGUUUUUGCCUGACCCUACGCUACUCUAUCCUACUCUACCCUACCCCACGAUACUCUACCUUACUCUACGCUGCCCUAUCAUGCCUUAUCCUACCUUACCCUACACUACACCUCUUAACUCCUCCCUUAACCUAACAUAACAUUUAUCUUUGCUCAUUUCAGACUGGCCUAUCUCGCAAGAGAUCCUGGACUGAAGGUCCUGCGGCCGACGUUCAUAAGCUUCUGGACGAUUUGGAACGCGAGUUACAAGUAAUAAAAAUAAAACAACUGUGCUGUUCUAACACAAGGCAACGUUCCGCGCUUAAUAUAGAAAUCGAUUGUGUGAUGGCCAAGUUCGCGGCCAUUAAAGAGCACUGUGAGGCCAAGGUGGCCAAAUUGCGGAAGACGAAUUAA